CAGACAGAUAGUUAAUCUACUACCGGGGAACAACCAUCAUGGCGUGGACAAGUUUAAUAAUCGUCUGCAUAAUGGCUGUGACAGUUUUGAAAGGUUGUGCGGCACUAUCAAUAGCAAGAAUGUCCGAAGUGCCGGUGCUGUACAAUGUUGACGAAGUAUGUAGCCAAAGACCGUUAGAACUGACCUUUAUAUUAGAUGCCUCGUCGAGUAUCUGGUUUCAAAAUUUCACUAAGGCUAGGAAUUUUGUGGCUGAUUUUGUGGACCAGUAUGAGAUUGGACCGGAGAAGGUUCGUAUUGGGGUAGUGACAUAUGGUCUGGGUGUUUAUACCCAGGAUGUUAUCAGAUUAUCACAGUAUAAUGAUCUGACUAGUUUACAGACAGCCAUCAGUCGUCUGCCAUGGAGAGCUGGGUCACAAACUGAUACAGGGCUUGCUAUAAGUUACAUGAGGACGAGCAUAAUGUCAGAAGCGAGACCAGAUGUUAGACGAGUAACUGUGGUUAUUACCGAUGGCAACUCACAGGAACCAGAGACGACAGCUGAAGAGGCAGCCAGAGCUCGUCAAGAGAUGGAAGUCUUUUCAGUAGGAGUCAGCGAUCAAGUUAGUCAUGAUGAACUAGUUAGCAUUGCUGGUGACGAAGAAGGGGUGUUCUAUGUGAACAGGUAUUCUGAACUAGAGAACAUUAAAGGGAGACUAGCCAUGAAGACUUGUACACCCGUAGAACCUACAUCACCACCUUUACCACCACCAGAAGAUCAGCCGUGUGGUAUUAAAGAUCCAGCUGAUGUUUAUUUUGUUUUUGAUCCAGCAGCAUUAGGUCUAGAGCGUACCCUAUGGGUAACCAAAUUCAUCAAAGAAUCGGUUAAAACUGAGCACAUGAAGUAUAUGCAGGUUGGUGCCAUUAGUGGAUCAUGUCCUUUAGAUGCUGGUUUCAACUUAAAACAAUACAACAAUUCGGCGGAUAUUGAAUCCCACUUGGAAAUAUUCGAAACCACAAAACUGCCAAGACUAAUUUACCAAAUGGCUGAUUCGGGAUAUGAUUUCCAAAAUGGUGGCCGAUCCGGAAGCCGUAAAGUGGGCGUCCUAUUCUUUGGCGGAAAAGUGCACGAUUCUGCGCCCAUUUUGGAGAAUGUUCAAAUGGCGGAAGAUAUGGGUAUAGAGCUCUACUUUGCUAAUAUUGGUGAUGGUGAUAUCAGUUUGCUAGAACAAUUAUCACAAUAUGGUACUCGUUUAGACUCUUCUACGGAAAUGCUGCGACAGAUAUCGUACUUGUUAGACGGCUUGUGUGCAAAACCAAAACAACCAAACUGGUUUUAUUCGAACUGA